AUGUCACUUGCAAGUAUCCAGCAUGAGAUAUGUGAUUUGUCACUACCUGUCAAGAUAUUUGUGCCGCUAACUUUCAUAUCAUGGCAGCUCAUAGCAUUGAGCGAGCACACAGGGAUGCAAAUGAUCCUCUUUGCCAUGCGCUCUACUCCAGAGUCUUACAGAAGCCUGCACGUAUUCUACACCAAUGACUGCCUUUCAGAUUUCAUUGAAUUCACAAUGAAGAGCUCAGUGGCCGAUUUUUCUGCUCGAAUGGAUGGAUAUGUGCUUUCUGGAGUGGAUGCUUUGAUCAAGCAGAAACUCAGUAAGUCGAGAUUCAUUCAUUCUGCAUUAAUGCUGACAUCACUCAUAGAAGAAGCCUCGCCAUGCCCAGUUGUGCAGCUUACCUAUGUUAACUUUGAGACGAAUGUCAUGAUUCCAUACUGGAUGCUCAUCAAGGGAUGGCCCCUCAGCAAGUUCUGUUGCCCGAGCAACAUAGGCACCUGCAUGGAGGUUCAACUCUGUCUCACAGCUUGGGAG